UCAAUGUACAUCAGUGUGAGAAAAAUCUAUUUGAAUUUGGUCCCCUCGGCUAACAUGGAGGGGGAGGGAUUUAUGACCUGUGCUGAAGCCAGCCAUUUGGGGGUCGAUCAAGAAGUUUUGGCUUGACUUAUGGGGAGCUCUCAAAUUGCCCAUUUUUGUAUGCAACCACUGACAGAAAAUGUUCAAUCAACGGCUUAAAAUGAAUAAAUGGAUGAAUAUAAAAAUAGUCAGCCUAAGUUACAUGCCCCACAACAAACAAGAAAAGGAGGACUCGUUAGAAGGGAGACAUAAAGUAUCUAAAAUUUGUGAACUGAGUUAUGGUUUCAUUCGCAAGAAUUUUAUUUUGAAAGCCGUAACCGGAUGAGUCGUUGCGUCAUCUCGUUCUCUUGACUGUAGUGUAAAAGCCUGGUGCGCCAGUUUGUAACGCUAUAGGCUGGAGGGAGGCAGCAGUUGCCAUUAUACUACCAGGCAGCUCAGAUACAUCAGCGGCUUCACCCUCCCUGGAAAGGAAAAAAGAUGAGUCUGUCGACACCGUCAUAAACACACGAAACUGAAAAUAGAAUUUCAAAAGUUAAAUCAAUGGUACAGAAAAGUAGUAUGUCCAGGACGCCUUCGACCUCAACCCAGGAGAUCCAAAUGGACAUGUUCGACCAUCAUCCACACACACAGGGAAAGUACGCCAAGAGGAAGAGCCGAUUUAAGCGCUCAGAUGGAAGCACCUCCUCUGACACCACCUCGAACAGCUUUGUCCGACAGGGCUCUGCAGACUCCUACACCAGUCGGCCGUCGGACUCAGACGUGUCCCUGGAGGAGGACCCUGAGGCUCUGAGGAAGGAGGCUGACAGACAGGCGCUCGCCACGCUCGAAAAAGCAAAGACCAAACCGGUGGCGUUUGCAGUGCGGACAAAUGUCGGUUACAACCCCGGCCCCAGUGAUGAUGUUCCUGUGCAGGGCAUGGCCAUAUCCUUUGAAGCCAAAGACUUCUUGCACAUUAAAGAGAAAUACAACAAUGACUGGUGGAUCGGACGUCUGGUGAAGGAGGGCUGUGAGGUGGGCUUCAUCCCCAGCCCGGUCAAGCUGGAGAACACCCGUCUGCUGCAGGAGCAGAGGAUGAGACAGAACCGGCUCAGCUCCAGUAAAUCUGGUGGAAGCUCCAGUCUGGACGUUGCCACGGGAACACGCAGGCCCACCCCACCUGGCACAGCUCAUGUGGACAUGUCCACUGUGGCCUUUGAAGUUGACCCCCUCGACCUGGACGCUGAGGAGCCCCCUGAGUUCCAGGGUGACCCUCGCUCCUCCAAGACCAUGUCAGGCAGCGUAACAUCCCCUCAGGCCAACACCCACCGACUGCCCUUCUUUAAGAAGAUGGAGCACGUCCCUCCCUAUGACGUGGUCCCCUCCAUGAGACCCAUCAUCCUCGUCGGGCCGUCACUCAAAGGAUAUGAGGUGACAGACAUGAUGCAGAAAGCGCUCUUUGACUUCCUGAAACACAAGUUUGAGGGCAGGAUAUCCAUCACACGGGUGACGGCGGACAUCUCCCUGGCCAAACGUUCGGUCCUCAACAACCCCAGCAAACACACCAUCAUCGAGCGCUCCAGCACCCGCUCCAGCCUGGACGUACUGGCGGAGGUGCAGAGUGAGAUUGAACGCAUCUUUGAGUUGGCCCGCACCCUCCAGCUGGUGGCUCUGGAUGCGGACACCAUCAACCACCCCUCUCAGCUGGCAAAGACCUCCCUGGCUCCCAUCAUUGUCUACAUAAAAAUAGCCUCACCUAAGGUCCUCCAGAGGCUCAUCAAAUCUAGGGGAAAAUCCCAGGCCAAGCAUCUAAAUGUGCAGAUGGUGGCAGCGGACAAGUUGGCCCAGUGCCCACCUGAAUUGUUUGACAUCAUCCUGGACGAGAACCAGCUGGAGGACGCCUGCGAGCACCUGGCUGACUAUCUGGAGGCGUACUGGAAGGCGACACACCCCCCGAGCAGCAACCCUCCCAACCCCCUGCUCAACCGCACCAUGGCCACAGCAGCCCUGGCCGCCUCCCCUGAGCCCGUCUCCAACCUGCAGGGGCCGUACCUGGUGCACGGUGAGCAGAAGCGAGAGGGGCCUCUGACAGAGUGUGGUGGGAGCGGCACCCUGCAUGACUAUCAGACAGACCUGGGAGGAAAAGCUCAGCAGCAGCAGCAGCAGCAGCAGCAAGCGUACAUGCGCUCUUCUCGCGGUCAGCUACGAGGAGGGAGCGGGCGAGGUUUGUCGCGGCAAGACACCUUCGACUCCGAGACCCAGGGCAGCCGGGACUCUGCCUACACCGAGGCCGGCGACUCCUGCAUGGACAUUGAGACUGAUCCCUAUGAAGAGCCCGAGCCCUACCGAGGGGGCGGGGGCAGCCGCCUCCACCUGGCGCAGCAUCACGGCAGACAGGCCUCCUGGGAAGACGAGGGCGCCGAGCCGGACCAAGAGAACCUGAACCACCCCCCGAUGCCGAGCCAGACGCAGCCGCAUGGACGUGCCAAGCUGAGGGAGCGGUACUGCCAGGACCCCGUGGACACGGGGGCCAACAUGAGUCGCAACAAGAACCAAGACGACUGGGGGAGGGACGUCUACAUCCGCUGAACGCACUUCAUACCACAGAGGCAAGGAAGCGACUGGACAGACUGAGGACGGAGGGAGACUGUGGGGGAGGAGGGUUGGAUGUUUGGGUUCUGGGUUCAGAAGGAACUGAAGUGUGUGUCAGGAUCCACGCCAGUCAGGCUAACAAAUUAAUCUGUUUACAUCCCAGUACAAUGUAAAGAAAUACAUCAACUGCCAGAUGCCAUUCUCAUCAACUUCUUCUUGCAAUUCAAUUUAUUUAUGUUUAGAAAAAAAAAUGAUAUUGGUCUGUUUUUUUGUUUCCUAUGUUAAUACUGCAUGAAUAUCAUGGAUUUCUAAACUUGGCAGCACGAGGACAGUAGUUGUUCAGAUUGUGAAUAUGAUUGUGAUCUGUUUGACUCAACCUCUCCUUCAGUUGUAGAGUGUGAAGGCUGGUGGAGCUGUAGUCUGUCAUGUCUGUCCUCUGCAGUCUUAAACAGGGUCUGAUGUCGCCGCCCACGUGUACAGCGUCAGGGUUUCUCUUUACCUUAAUCUCACUCAGUGCUUUUGGGUUUCGGGAUUUCUCCCAUGCUGAGAUCCAGAAGUUCCAGAGUCUCUCACCUCCACUUUCUUAUCACCCAGACCUUAAAAAGCUGGUGGUGACGUUGCCAUGUUUUAACACGACAAUUUAUCAGUGUUGCUACACUCAUGUCAGCUUGACAACGACAAAAAGUACACUCCAAAGACGUUUACUUCUUCCCUUGAGCUGGUUCAGCCACCGUACCCGACUGUGCACGUCUGACCCAGUCCUCCCGUUUCUGUUUCCCUUUUCCCGGUGGGUGCUGAGGGCGCCUGCGCUAUUCAUCCGUUCUGCAGAUUCAGAACAGCACUGCAGUUGUAGUUUCGUGAACCAAGUGUCCUGCCUUAGUCACCCCCGCGUCCUUCUUUCAAGAAAACUUCAAUCACAAGUGCCGGAACGUCUCGCCAAGCCAUGUCCACCACUGCCGCGGUGGGAUGUCUUAAGUCUCGUUUUCAUACCGCGUCUGUGCGUCUCCUGUCACUGCAGCACAUCGCCGAUCUCGUUUUCUUUGCACCAGCUUCGUCGUCUGUCGUUCAGGGCUAACGUUCACUUAGAGAAAGACUACUUGUGUGUGCGUGCGUGUGCGUGCAUGUGCGUGUGUGUGCGUGAGUGCGGUCAAUCACUCCCAACUUCCACCCAAACAGCUAGCUCGUCCGAUAUUAAGUACCACUCUCUUCUUACUCCUGAUUUCCGACUGAAUUAGUGUUGCUUUUUCCUGUGGACAUUUGCAAUUUUUUUUAUUUUAACUCUUCGGUUCUUUGUGAGGUAGUGAGGGGAGUCUGGAGUUGGGGUGGGGGUCAGGAGGGUGGGUGGGGGUAGGAUCAGCUCUGCUCUUUGCUCGGUUGUCUGUGAUGGAGAAUCCAUGAAUGUCUUUAGUGGGCUUGCUUUGGCCCACACGUCUUCAGUUGAAUAAAUAAAUAUUAAAUAAUGAUCAGUAAAUAAUGUUAUUGUUGCGUUAUCGCAAUUGUUAAAAAUAUGAAAUAAAAUGUAUCAUUGGUGCCUGAUUGUAGCUACAUUUUUGCUUUUCCUGCCUUUCAUUUUUAAUCUGUGGAUAAAUUCGUAUUUUAAUUAAAAAUUUAAUCAGAAAA